GCGGAAAUCUAAGGGCUUGGCGAAAACAACGACGACAAUGAACCCAUCGGGAUCGGUGCGGUACUUCGGUGACACCGCCGGCGACAACGUCGGAAACGAUAAGACAUUAUUUGCACCACUUAUGUUCUUUUGAGCCGUGAAGUGCUGAGCCGAGGAAGCUACGGGUUGACUAUAAGCCCACAGGUGGAGAGCAGCUCCAGACGGAGACAGAUAACUGUCGUCGAUAGUAACAGAUUUGACGCCGGUUUACGGUUUCCCUUUGCGAAUUGCAACAAGUUUACGGUGUGAGUUAUGACAGGGUGUGGGGGUGGGUUUCGAAUGCUGAUUCAAUAAGAGGGUAGUUCAUUUAUUGAUGAUGGCUCAUUUGCUGCGAACCAAUAAGGGCGAUAACAUCUGAACGUGGCUCCGUCACGAGUUAAUCGGCGUGCAGAGCUGGAACCGAACUGUGAUCUUGUGUGCAGUAUUAGAUUAAGUUUAGUGUUAAACAAAGUUCGAAAGGACUAGAGCGAAGAUGAAGUUGGUGCUUUUUACAGUGCUUUUAUUUGAGGGAGCUGCUCUCUUAAGCGGUAAUCCUUUAUUCUUUGAAAGCCAUAGACCGAGGAUGGUAGUGAGCAAACUGGAUAUUACGGAUUCUACAAUCGAUAGCGAUCGGAUAAGCACAUUGGUAGAUAAUUAUACAGAAGAACAGAGCGCGAGUGAAAUUGUCUAUGCAGAUGUAGAUGAAAAUGAAGUGAACAAUGAGAAGCGGGUGAGUUCUUCCAACAGAGCAUCAACAGACGGAAGUAUCACGGAUUCUAUCAAUGAAGAUGUAACUACACAGACUACAGAAGAUUCCACAGUAUUGGAAGCUGAAACACAAAGUACGGAUUUUGAGCAGACACAGUCGAUUGCGACAGGUUCUCCAGAGGUUACGGCCAGCACUGAAACUGAAGUCCCAAGUACGACUCAAAAGACAACUGAACCUUCCGUAGAAAGUACAACACAAACCGACGAAUCAACCGAAGUAGUAACUGGUACAGAUGAGUCAACUCAAAAUGAGUCCACUGCCACCGAACAGACAUCAAGCACUCAAACGAGUACAGAGAAUACACCAGAAUCAUCACAGACAGAAGCUCAGUCCACCGAGACAUCAAUCGAAACUACGGACUCAAGCGUAACAGAAAGUUCAACGGAGAGCGUAAACUCAUCGACGAAGACAACUGAGCAUGAAAUUGGUUCAACUGUCACAGAAACUGUAACUGAUCCAACUCUUUCAAACAGUGAGUCGGCCACAAUGACGACUGAAUCUGGAACAGAACCUACCGACACAACAGUUUCUGAAAUCGAAACAACUCCCGAAGCAACUGAUUCCACAGUCUCCAAUGCAAACACAGAAACAGUGACUACUAGCGAAACAACCGAAAGUGUAGCACAAACAGAAUCCACUGCAUCUUCAACAGAGCCCGAAUCUACUGACACAACCACAGUAAAUACGUCGGAGGCCACUGAAGAGACAUCGCAAACACAAUCCACUGAAUCGGAAAGUGAAUCCUCUGUGGCAACGGAUUCAUCUUCGACAGUUACGGAUGCAGGCACUACGCAAACCGAAAUCGAAUCUACUGAACCGGGGCUCACAGUGACAGAUUCAACGCAGACAGAAACAGCUGAAUCUUCUACAGUUACAUCCACGGGUACAGAAAUCGGUACCACGCAAAGCGAAACAGAAACUUCGGAGUCAGGUUCUACGGCAGCGGAAACAGGAUCAACAGGAAUUGAAACAACUGAAGACCUUACUCAAACAGAAAGCACAUCAUCAGAAAGUGAAUCAACUUCAGCAUCGGAUUCUACACCACCAAUUACCGAAAUAAGUACUACACAAACCGAAACAGAAUCUACCGAAUCGAGUUCUACGACAACGGAAUCCAAAUCGACUCAAACAGAAACUUCGACGGCGAAUCCAUCUGAAACAACUGAGGACAUAACUGAAACAGAAUCCACUGUUACGGAAACUGCGUCUUCGACAGUUACGGAUUCUACGCCGACUCCCACCGAAACCGAAACCACGCAAGACGGAACCGAAUCCACCGAACCGAGUUCUACAGAGACAGGAUCAACUCAAACAGAAACAACUGAAUCUUCUACAGUUACCGAAAGCGGUACAACUCAAACUGAAACAGAUUCUACCGCGCCAGAUUCCACAGUCACAGAAACAGGAUCAACAGAAUCUGAAACAACUGAAGGCAAUACUGAAACAGAAUCCACUACUCAGACAGCUACAGAAUCUACCGAGUCAAGCGCUAUUUCAACAGAAACUGAAAGCACCCAAUCAGAAACCACGACGGCAAAUCCUUCAGAAACAACUGAAGGCUUAACUGAAACAGAAUCCACUACUCAGACAGUGACCGAAAUAAGUACUACACAAACCGAUACAGAAUCUACCGAGUCGAGCGUUAUAUCUACAGAAACUGAAACGACCCAAACAGAAACUACGACGGCAAAUUCAUCUAAAACAACUGAAACAGAAUCCCCUGUUACUGAAACUGCGUCUUCGACAGUUACGGAUUCUACACCGACACCCUCUGAAACGGGCACCACGCAAGAUGGAACCGAAUCCACCGAACCGAGUUUUACUGAGACUGAAGCUUCUACAGUUACCGAAGCGAGUACAACUCAAACCGAAACAGAAUCUACAGUGACGGAAACAGGUUCAACAGAAACUGAAACAACUGAAGGUAUAACUGAAACAGAAUCCACAGCCUUAGGAAGUGAAUCUACUUCGGCUACGGACUCUACACACACAGUUACCGAAAUAGAUACUACGCAAAAAAUAACGACGGAAGCCGAAUCGACCCAAACAGAAACUUCGACGAUGAAUCCUUCAGAACCCACUGAAGGUAUUACUGAAACAGAAUCCACUGUUACUGAAACUGUAUCGACAGAAACGGAUGCUACACCGACUACUACCGAAACCGGUACAUCGCAAGAUAGACCAGAAUCCACCGAAUCGAAUUCUACGGUGACGGAAACAGAAACGACUACACCGAAUUCGUCGGCAACGGAAUCUACUGAGCCUACAGAAUCCACUGUUACCGAUAGCAGCUCUACCGACAAUCCGGAGUUGACAACAGUGUCUACUGAAUCCGGCACAACCGUAACAGAGCCCGUUUCAACUGAAACCACCGAUUCCAGUGCCGAAACCGGAACCACCGGUGAUCCAUCUGGAACUGAAUCUCCUACCGCUGAAACAGAAUCGUCUGUCCCGGAGGCAGAAACUACUGCCUCAACGGAUCCUGCGGGCACAGAAGCUGCGUCAUCAGAACCAAAUUCCACCGAGCCACCUGUAACAGAAGGCCUGAAUGGCACUACGACAACCGUUACAGUUCCAGAGAGUACGACAUCGGAAACGGAAUCAACGGGAAGCACGACUGAAACGGAGUCCUCCGAGGUCAAGCCAACUGGGACAACGGAAGGAUCGUCCGAGACAUCCACCAUCCCGGGCGUGACUAAUUCAAGCAGUGCAACAACGACUACAACGGUGGUGGCACCUACUACGACAACCACAACGACGACCACCGCUACACCAACGGGCACCGAGAGUACGGUGACUCCGGCUGGUUCAACGGCAACGACCACGUCUAGUCCCGGGGGAUCCACGGCUACGGUGACUGCUGCCAGCAGUGCAGUUUGUCUAUUGAUUACUUCAAUAGUGGGAUUUUUGCUUAGUCAUUAAAGUGUAUGCGUUGCGUGAGUAGUAACAGGAAUACCAACUGAUAACGGAGAGGGUUGUGCUGUAACCACUUGACGCUAGGGAAUUAUGUAUAAUAGAUAGGAUUUGUACGCAGUCGGUAUCCGUUUUUAAGUGGUCAAGGGGUUGCCUUGAUUCUGUUGUAUAUUAUCGUAACCAGUUCAUAGGUAAUUGCGCGGUAACAUUAGUUUACUAUCAGUUCGUACCAAAUAGCUAAGAUUCGAUGUGCGCGUUGUGUUUCCGACUUUGAGUUGCGAUGAUAAUGUCGAGUCCUCUGAAGAGAGAUAGUUGGAAGUUGUUCAAUAAAUUAAGUUUGAUGUUAGACAUAAUGUUUCCGUAAGUUUCAGUUGAGCC